AUGUAUAGAGUGGAGAGUGGAGAUAGAUGUUCCUUACACGAUCUUUUGAGCCCAACAUACGUCACGAAGCCAUUAGAGACAAUGGAAAAAGUAAAAGCUGGAACGGAAUUCACGGUUUAUGCGAAAACUUUAACAGGCAAAGCUGCAACUAUCCAAGUGACAGGAGAGGAUACUAUUGAUGAAGUGAAAGCUAAAAUCGAGGAAAGUUAUUUCGAUCUGCUGCAAACAGAUCUACAAACAGGGGCGUAUCCAGGAUUUUUUUUAGGAGGGGUGUACUCGUCUCUUGCUCUACUUCAACACCAAUAAACCACAUAGUUUUUUUUUGGCAGAAUACCAGUUGUAUUAGAAAACCGCAGGUCAUCUCAAGGGGGGGGGGGGGGGGGGUGCGCACCCCCUGCACCCUCCCCCUAGAUCCGCCCCCGCCAAAGAUGACAUCAAAGUCAUUUACUCCCCUAACAUGCUUGAAAAUCACCGAACUGUAAAUCACUAUGGAAUCCAACUCGAUGAAACCAUCAAAAUACUACAUCGUAUAUACGGCGGAAAACCACCCCAGCCCGCGUUUAACACAGACGAACUUAAUCCUGUUUUCGGUUACAACUUGAAUAGUGUUGAAGACGAUGGUAGACGAUAUAUGAGAGGUGGUUUCCAGUACAAGCGACAUUAUGGUUGGAAGAGAAUUGCCAUCAAAGUCCUGGCAAAAUAUGGGGAUGAUACCUGGCUUGGCCCCGACGGGAUACGAACAGAAGAAGCCCCGGGGGAGUGGCCCGUGUCCUAUCACGGAACAAAUAUGAAGAGUACCCAGCUGAUUUUAAAAGAGGGUUGUAAACCCGGAUCAAAAGCGGUAUUUGGUAGAUGCAUUUACACUAGUCCCGACUUGGAAAUGAUCGAAAGGCUGUACACUCGAGAGUUCAAUUAUCAGGGAAAAACCUACAAGAUUGUAUUACAGAAUCGAGUUAAUCCUGAUCAGAAGAAUGGCCAUCUUCAAAUCAUCCAAGCUGCACAAACCACAGUAGGAGCGGAUUACUGGUUGUCCCGUGGAGGUAGUACAGCCGACGUUCGUCCAUACGGCAUCCUGAUACGGGAAGUAUCCAAUCAACAUUAG